AUGUCGACCACGGGUCCCAUAAGUAAUUAUUAUGUGGAUUCCUUGAUCAACCAUGAAAACGAAGAUGUCCUUGCUGCAACUCGCUUUUCGGCGCCCGGUUCGCACCCAGCCGGCCCUCGUCCGACGUCCCUAGUACCGGAGUGUGCUGACUAUCCUUCCUGCAGCUUCGCACCCAAGCCACCCGUCUUCUCCACCUCCUGGGCCCCUGUACACUCUCAGUCAUCCGUGGUUUACCAUCCAUACAGUCACCAACCUCACUUAGGCACAGACUCGAGGUAUAUGCGGUCAUGGCUGGAGCCGAUAUCAGGCGCCGUGCCUUUCCAUGGCUAUCCGGGGAACAGCAGGCACUAUGGGCUGAAGCCCGACGCUUUUCAGGAGCACAGAGCCGGCGAGUGUCUCGGCACCGGCGGACGGACCUACACGGAUUAUCUGUACUGCUCAUCCACUGACAUGCGAGACAAGACGCAGCAGAAUAUCCCCUCUCCCGAGUCGGAGCUUCUGGCUUCGGGGAAAUAUAAAGACGAGAAGUCGGAGAUAGAUCCGAAUAACCCAGUGGCAAAUUGGAUACAUGCCCGCUCCACAAGGAAGAAGCGAUGCCCUUACACAAAGUACCAGACUCUCGAACUGGAAAAGGAGUUUUUGUUCAAUAUGUACCUAACUAGAGACCGCCGGUACGAGGUCGCUAGGGGCCUGAAUCUGACCGAGAGGCAGGUCAAAAUCUGGUUUCAGAACCGGCGGAUGAAGAUGAAGAAAAUGAACAAAGAAAAGAGCGACAUCAAGGAACAAUAAUGCGGACUGCAGUUCAGAAAACAACCUUAAUAACCACUAGACACAUGGACAGCACAGAUGCAACAUAGGAUGACUCUCCUUCUCCUCAUAUUUAUCACUUUGUUGGAUUUUUGUAUUAACCUU